AUGGCGCUGGGAGGAGCGCAGCGGACCGCGGCUCUGGGGCUGACCCUGCAGCUGCUGCUCGGCUUCGUGCCGGGCCUGGAGGCAGCCCCGCCCCGGACCCGGACCCGGCCCCGGCCCCAGACCAUAGGCUCCCCGCCAGGCUUCCAGUGCCGCGGCGGCAGCUACGCUGUGCCCCUCGCCUGGCGUUGCGACGGUGACCCGGACUGCCCUGAUGGCAGCGAUGAGAAGGAGUGCAAGACCGGGCCGUGCACCCAGGACGGGCAGUGCUCCCCACCCGGGGGCAGCCCUUGCUCUUGUGACAGCAUCGAUGACUGCCCCGGUGACAUGGACAAGAUCCUUCUCAACUGUGGCCGCCAGCCCUGCCCGGCUGGGGAGUUCUACUGCCCGCUGGACAGCACCUGCAUCCUACACACCUGGCUCUGUGACGGCCACCCCGACUGUUCCGACUCCAGUGACGAGCUGGACUGUGGAACUGAGACCCCCCAGCAGGGCAUGUCUGUGACCUUGGAGAGCGCCACCUAUUUCGGGAAUGCCACAGCCACCUUUGUCAGGAACCAGGACUCCGUCCAGUCUGGAAACCGAAGUGCCUACGGGGUUAUUGCAGCUGCUGUGGUGCUAAGUGUAGGCUUGGUUGCCGCCAUUCUGCUCGUGUUGUCCCGGUUCCUGUGCCCGCCGGGGCUGCUGGUGGCCGUGAAGGAGUCCCUGCUGGUGUCAGAGAAGAAGACCUCCCCGCUCUGA